GAACACUGCAAUAAAAGGGUGGCAUGACGUUUCUUCUGCUCACUUGGCAUAGUAAUUGAGUUGCAGCCGGUAGUGUGCUUAUCACGUUAAAUUGUAAAGCAACGUUUGUAAACACGAUAUAAUCAGAAAUUAGUGUACGAUGGCUGAACAAGGAUUUUUGAAGCCUAAAGCUGGUUUUGCCACGCUAGCAAUCCAUGCUGGCCAGGAACCGGAAAAAUGGAAGUCUGCAGCUGUCGUAACACCAAUCGUCACAUCAACCACGUUUAAACAACCAGCGCCGGGUGAACAUACUGGCUUCGAAUACGGUCGAUCAGGAAAUCCAACGAGAAACACAUUGGAAGAGUGCCUGGCUGCGCUAGAUGGGGCGAAAUAUGCCUUAGCAUAUGCAUCCGGAUUAGGUGCUACCACUACCGUAACUGCUCUGCUCAAUUCAGGGGAUCAUAUUGUAGCUUCAGAUGAUGUUUAUGGCGGUACUAACAGAUUAUUAAGACAAGUUGUAUCAAGAUUGGGUAUAGACACUACCUUUACCGACGUCACAGACCUUCAAAAAGUGAAUGACGCUAUUAAGGAAAAUACAAAGAUGCUCUGGAUAGAGACUCCAACAAAUCCGCUUAUGAAAGUAGUUGAUAUUGAAGCGGUUGUGAAUAUCGCUAAGAAGAAACGCGAUGAUAUAAUUGUUGUCGUGGAUAACACAUUCCUAACGUCCUAUUUACAAAGACCGCUGGACUAUGGCGUUGAUAUUGUCGUGUACUCAUUGACGAAGUACAUGAAUGGCCAUUCAGAUGUUAUCAUGGGGGCAGCGAUCGUCAACGACAAAGACCUUGAGCAAAGAUUGAGAUUCCUACAAAAUGCUAUGGGGGUUGUCCCUUCGCCAAUGGAUUGCUAUUUGGUUAACAGAAGUUUAAAAACAUUGGCAAUAAGAAUGGAGCAGCACAAAAAAUCCUCCUUGAUUAUAGCUAAUUGGUUACUAAACCAUCCUAAAGUAACUGAAGUACUGCACCCAGGACUGCCGUCUCAUCCACAGUACGAAAUAUCAAAAAAGCAAACUUGUGGGCAUUCAGGUGUUUUCAGUUUUAGACAUGUAGGAGGCUUGAAGGAGUCAAGGAAAUUAUUGUCAUCUUUACAAAUUUUCACGUUGGCCGAAAGUUUGGGUGGAUAUGAAAGUUUGGCAGAAUUACCUUCUGUCAUGACACAUGCAUCUGUGCCUGCGAAACAGAGGGAAGAACUCGGAAUUACUGAUUCACUUGUGAGGCUCUCCGUAGGAUUAGAAGACACAGAAGAUCUGAUCGCAGAUUUAGAUCAAGCUCUAAAGGCUGCUUUUGAAAACUAUAUUAAGUCCUGGUUGGAUACCAGGAUUAGCCUAGAUUAUUUUUAUACGAAUAUAUCGUGCAUAUUAGAAUUAAAUAUUUUUACUUAUAUUUAUACGAAAACAGAUGUUAGUAAGUAACAUACUAUAAACACUUACAAUGUUCCUAAAAUUGUUCUUUUAUAGAUUAGACCGCAGUCGCAUCAGUGGAAUAUGCAGCGCGGUGAGGCUUUUUAAUGGUGUAAAUAACAGUAUUGAGACUGCUUAUUAUGAUUUACGUUUACUAAUAAUGUUCACUAUGUACUGCCGCGGGCCGCUGACAACGACCACGUCCCGCUGCACUUUCCCUUCGUUUGAAUAUGCGACUACAGCUUACGAAACAAAUCACAAUGCUGUAUAAUAUAUUUUUCUUUUUCUAUACUUAUGUCUAGUGUCUUAUGUUUCUUUUACAUAAUAAUGAAAAUUUAAUACUGCAUUUAUUACACUCUUAUUUUAAAAGACAUAUAUUAUGUUUGUGAGUACUGCAUAUGUUACACAUUGUAAAUUAAAUCCAUGGAAGAGGCAGUUGAAUUAUCAUAACGACAAUAAUAGAAUUUAACAUCCAAUUUACAUCUAUCUACAUAACAUUCGAGUAUUAUACAAAUUGUAUUGUAAAGUGUGAGGUGCUGGUAAUCACUAUACAAAGGGUUAAUGUUUGCGCAUUACUUUA